GGGCAGGGCCGCGCCAGCGGCCGCGGUGCGGAGGACUGGGAGGUGCGGGGUUUUUUUGGGGAGGCCCCCCCUCAGCGGGUGCAUGGCGCAUCGCUGGCUGCCCUGGGCGGAGACCUUCGCUCCGGCCAGCCAGCGAUGCGCUCCGCAGCCCCCGGCCUGAUUUGGAGAUGCGGGGAGCUGCUGAGGGUGCCCCGGAGCAGCGGAGCCUGAAGAAGUUAGCUGUGUUCAACAAGAUGCAGGAGUCUCUGGAAGUGAGCCUUCCCAGCAAGCAAGAGGAGGAUGAGAAAGACCAGCCUGCUGAGAUGGAGUACCUGAACUCCCGCUGUGUCCUGUUCACUUACUUCCAGGGAGACAUUGGUUCAGUGGUGGAUGAACACUUCUCGAGAGCUUUGAGCCAAGCCAGUAGCUUCAGUUCAGAGACGGCCCUUUCCAAGAGCAAGGCAGGGCUGAAUCCUCUGUGGAGAGAAAGCUCAACAAUUUCAAGCCAAAGGAGUGGAUUCCCCACCUCGUUCUGGACCAGCUCUUACCAGCCUCCUCCUCCACCCUGCUUAAGCGGAGUGCACCCCGAUUUCCCUGUGACUGCACCAGGCACCUUCCCAGCAGCAGAUCCCAGCAGCUGGCCGGGACAUGGCCUUCACCAGACUGCCCCAGCUCCUCCCCCUGCCGCCUCCGAGUCCUGGCACUACCCCUUAGCGUCUCAGGUGAGCCCCUCGUACGCACACAUGCACGAUGUGUACGUGCACCACCGCCACCACCCUCACCCCCACGUGCACCCCCACCACGCGCACCCGCACGGCUCGCACCGCGACCCGCGCUACGGCUCGCUGCUGGUGCCCUCGGUGCGCGCCGCCAGGAUUCCUGCUGCCCAGUGUGACGGGACAAAGGCAGAGCCCGCUGCUGUCACCGGCGCUACCUCAGCCUGGGCCGGAGCCUUCCACGGGACGGUGGACAUUGUGCCCAGCUUUGGGUUUGAUACAGGUCUACAGCAUCAGGACAAGAGCAAGGAAACUGCUUGGUUCUGAGGUGCAGAGAAAUUAAGACCAGCUAGAGCUGGAGUCAGCAGAGCUGGGAGGGUGAUACAGCAGUGGUUGACUCCUUCUGCAUGGAGCAAAGGACACACAUGAAGAUGAAGAGCCAACUAUUCUGGUUUUGCUAUUGAGCCUUUUAUUUGUAAGGCCGUUUAUGGGUCCCACAGUGUUGGAAAAAAACCAGAAACCUAACUUUUCUUUCUUUCCUCAUCUGAGCCUGCUGCAGCUGGGCAACCUAACUCCUUUCUGCUCCUUUAACAGUGUUUCGUUUUGUUCAGCUUGAUAUUUUUAUGAACAGUCUCAAUAGUCAGGAAAAAGACUCUCCCUUGACUACAGUGCGCCUUCUUUCAGGAAUACAGUAUUUUGUAGCUCUUUGUGCAUCUAUUUUUGUAGAAAUACAGAAAGUUUGGGUAAGGAUUGAUGGGCUAUUUUAGGAUGACAUAUUUUUUUAAAAAAAAUUGUAAAAUUGUUAAGUUCUGUUUAAAGAACUUGCUCUCAGAGAAGCACUGGCAAAAAUGUAUAAAAUGCUAUUUUAGAUGUCUGUGAUGUGUUUGUGCAUUUUGGGUUUUUUUUGUUUGUUACCUCAAAUGUCUAUCUUUCUUUUCUUUUUAAAGACCUAAACUCCUUUGUUUUCACAUUACUAGAUUCUGAUGUUUUUUGUCCUUUUGUUCUAGCCUAAGCAAGUAUAAUUUGCACCUGAAGUUUCAGCCAAAUAUUUUUUUCCUGGUGUUAGAUUAUAGUAAAAGUGUUUUUGUUUUUCUUGCUUCUAAUGGUGGCUUUGUGCUGUGCUGGCUAUCAGAAGCUCUCAAACACCUUUAGCAUAGAGCAAAGCUUGAGGUUACAGCAACUGCAUUUCCCACCCAUCCAUUCUUUCAAAAUGGACCAAAUACUCUUAAAUGAGACACAAAUAUGGGCCUCAUCUAUGAUCCAUUGAAGCUGUUUAACACAGUUCUCUGUGGGUUAUGGUGCUCAUAAAUAUCAGUAAAAUCUUACAGACAGGACUUUCAGCUAAGCCAUUUCAAGGUGGUUACUUACAACAUUCAGGGAAAAUGAACAAAAAAAAAAUAAAAUUCAGGUUUAUAAAAAUGAGUGGCUUGCAAAAACAAAAGGUUUUCAGCUUGAGCAGCUCAAGGAGGGCACAAGGAGAACUCCUGGUGAUUCCAGCCUGUGUUUGCCUGGGCUGUGCCCUGGGGCUCGCGGGCCCCCAGCGGCAGCGCUGCAUUUCAUAACCAUGAGUGCGCUGCAUGCACUGGGGCCUGGCCUGGCAGCAGGAGCGUGGCCACGGGGAGCCACAGCCCCUCUGCUUGGGAUACCCCCCUGGCCUGGGCCUCGGCUCUGACUUGGUAAUGAAGGCUUUGGUUGGAGCCAAGGCGGGCACCAUAAAUCCUGAGUGAGGGCGGUGAGGCCGCUGUGGGCCGCAGCUGGGUCGGUCUCUGUGCCCAGCCCUUGGGGACUCCAGCGAGGGUCAGCGUGUGCUCAGGACGGACUGAGGGGAGCCCAGGCUCAGGACCUGGGCUGCUGGGUCCUGGCUAUGGCUUGGAGACGUUCCUGUUCUCUCUGUGCACCCAAGGUCCCUCUGUAGUAAUUCCUAAGGCUCUUAAAAAGCAUUACAUUUCUGUCACCGCUGCUCUCAGACAUCCGUGUUUGAAAGAUAUGCUGGCCAAGUGGAAAAACCAAGAUACAAACACAUGGCUGAGAUAAGAAAGAGUUUAAUUUUAAGGCACUGAGCAUUGUAAAUGUAGUUUUGUCAGGUGGAAACCACAUGGAUCUGUGUGUGAAAGGGGAGGGGGGUGUUGGGAAGAGCCUGCCACUCCGAGGUUCCCUGCACUGCUGCUUCCCUCCAGGCUGUUUGAACUUGAUCCUAUGAGGUGUUGAGCAUUCUCCCUUGUCAAGGGAGGGGGCUUGACAUGCUGGCACUGGAGGCAUUAGGAUUAUAUCACAAUUUGGCAAGACCCUUAAGUCUCUACCUUGCCGAUUUGAAGUAUGAGACAGUGUAUAAAUGCUGAAUGGACUAUGCUUAACUAUUGCUUUAAAGUAAUAAGGUUGUAGUCUCUGUCUUGGGAUGAUGAAUUAAAUGUGGUGGGGUUUUUUUCCUCAUCUUUGUAGUCCAUCAGUAUUUCUUUCUCUCAAUAAAUUUCACUCUCAUGACAGUUCUCUGUAUUAUUGCUGCUCUGGUGGAGCUAGCUUCUCAAUUUGUCAAUAAAUUCAUAAUGCAAUGGGAAAACUGUAUGGGAGAGAAUGGAGUAUGAGCUGCCACAGUUCUCUUUCUUAUCAGGACAGUACAGUUCAGGAAAUAUCUCAAGAAAAAGAGUUCUGACUUAGGAAUAUUGACAGUAUUAGAAAUACUGGGAGGAAAAAAAAAUCUUAAGCUUUUUUUUCUUGUUCUUUUUUUCCUUUUUCUUUUUUCUUUCCCCUUGGACUUGGCAAAAGUGGAAAUUAAAGAGACAGUGUGUCCUUUUUGAACUUCAGGGAUGAAGAGUUUGGGUGGCAGGGGAUGCAAAAGAAAAGGCAGCAUUUCUUUUUGAGGUGUGUUUGACUUCCUGAAGUAGUUUAAAGCCUAACACGAGUAGUCUGCUCACUGCCUUCCCCUUCACAAGCUCAUACCAUGAGGGACUUCCUCUGUUUCCCUAUAGAUGUCAAAGCAAAACAGGACAGGAACAAAACAGGCUCACAGUUUGCGCUGCACUUUCUUUCUGGAUUGUAUCUCUGAGUUGUUGGUUAGGGGGGAUGAAGAAGUGGGGAAGCUGUUGCCUCUUCACCUCCAGGACUACUGUUCUGCACAGUUUCUGCUGCUGAACCUGGGACUGAGCUGGUGGAACUUCUGCAAACUCUGGCUGACAAGUGCCAAUAAACACCUGCUGUUGUCUGUAGCCAUUCAUGCACCAGUCUGUUGACUUCAAAAGUGAAAGAAAUUCCUCUUUUCCCCUCAGUCACUAAUUGUCCCCUGUGCUAACAAGUGAGAAAGGAAAAGCCUAAGUGCAUAGCAGUAGCCUUACUUCUACAAUUUGAGGGAUGGAAAAGGAAAAAAAAAAACAAAAACAAACCCACCCUUCCCUGUGACAAACUUUUGAGUUAAAUUCAGCAGAUUUCCUUCUCUCCCUCUUUCCCAUACACGCACACUUACACACACGCACAGAAGUGCUUAUGAGAAGCAGAUGCUGCCAUGGUUUUGCUCUUGGAAGAGGAGAGCACUCGCCUGCAGUGGUGGGGAAUCGAUGGCAGCCAGAAGGAGCAGAAAGGUUGAGACUGCUCAUGUUUCUGCAGAUAGGAAAAAAAAAAAGCCCCUUGAAAUCAAGUCACAGAUAAGCUGUGUGUCUUAAUGCAUUACUAAAGGAGUUGUUUCAUUCUUUUUAUGUGUGGUGUAUUCUGAUGCUGUCCCAAGAAAGUGGAUGAUUCAUUUUGAGAGGGCUUAUAAAACAUGUUGUACUCUGUCACUGUUUCUGUGAGAACAUAGGGAAAUUAUUGUUUUAUUUCAAGAAACUCAAAAUACUGACCUCCUUGAAGUUCUUGAAGUUGUCCAGGAUUUUAUUUUAUUCCUGUUAGUGUUGAGAAAUCUGAAAUCAACUUUUAUGUCUUCAUUUGAAGACUGGAAGGGUUCAAGUUGUCCACCAGUUUUUCAGAGGCAGAUGCCAGUUUUUUCCAAUGGCCCAUUUCCAUACCAGCAAAAGGUUGGUGUAGUGCAGCCGCUGACUGCCCAGGAGAUUGGAUUUCUGGAAUUUCUGGAAAGCUGAAUAAGCUGCACUUGGCAAUAGUAAAAUUGACUCUAUUCUGAUUCCUUCCCUCACCAGACACACAAGUUCAGGUGGUCCUCAGUGGAUGACAGUUUUGUCUCAAUCAUCCACACCUGCAUCAAAACACUUCUGAGAACAGAUCUCUCAUCACAGCAUUCACAGAGGGAAGGGAAUGUUACAUUUCCUCCAACCUGCCCUUAGGAUUGCCUUGCCUCACCCAGCCUUUCUGCUUCCAGGCUGUUACAUAUGUCUUGCUGUCCCUCUCCCACAAUUCUUCAUGUGUAUGGAUAGAUUUCUCUACAAAUAUAUUUAUACACAUUCACAUGUAGCUAUACCUGGUUCCCUCCAUUCUACUCUUGUGCCUCAAAUGCAUGUUCUUUGGAAAUGAAGUGAAUGACUUCAUCAAAUCUCAUCUGAGAUGGAAAAUGUAGGCAUUUUAUUGCAUUCUCCGUUAACUCAGGAGUGAAUUUUUCCCCUACUUGUUAAAAAACCCGAACACAACAAAAACACAUUUUAAAAACCCUUUCAAAUUACCUGAUUUGUAUCUAUAAAGAUGAUCAUGAAAUCAGCAGUUAUGUAGAGAGGUGCAAUAUAUUGCAUUUCAGCAGACAAGCCUAUGUCUGAAUAUGAUUAUUUUAAUUAAUUUCAGGUACAAGCCUUUGCUCCAUAUCAAUGGACCAGCAACAUAUAUAUUUCCUUAUAAUUUAGAAAUACAUAUAUUUUUCGAGUGGAAUUCUUGGUUUUAGUAUGUCAGCCUUUGAGCUUCUAAAGGAUAUUUGGAUGAUAAAUAUUAUUUGUGUGCGGGUUUUUAAAAAAAAGUUGAUGCAUGUUGUUUGGAACUAAAAUCUCAUGUAAAGCAGAAAAGUAUUUAAAAAUAAAUACUGCUUUUACAUAUUGGCCCUAUGGGCACAAUCUGAGAGUUGUGGUGCAGGAAGAUGCCCCUCUAAAAAUGACAUUCUCUUGCCUGAGCAAGUUCAAAAUCCAAGAGAGGCAGGAGUGGUCUUGGGAAGGUUGAGCUGGUGGAGCUGAGAGCAGAGAUGAUCCUCUCCAAAACUGUGUGUACAUGGUUGGGCAGUCACUGGUCAAUACAUUAAAUUUAGGCUGUGGUAGCAGGUUUUUACUUAUGGGGUGAAAUGAUUGCCAAGGGGAACUGUAGAUGUCCUUGGAAAGCCAUGUUUUAGCCCUUUUAGCCAUGUUUUAGCAGCCUUGGUCUGCUCAGUGCCCAUGACCCUCUCCCAGUUCUUGCUCUGCAGUCUCCAUGAUGCCCUGGUGGGACCUCUGAAAUCUGGGCUGGAGUUCCCUAGUUCCCUGGGAAGAAAUGCACUUUUUCUUUUUUUUUU